UGCCUCUGCGUUGCCCUUUAGUUUCGUAACAUGUCCAUGCUUUCAUCAUCUGGACAAUGCGGAAGAGUGUCGAGAUAAGGUAGUAGAGUGUCGGUUGCCUAGUUUUCCAUCGGGUAAAAUUGCCUAUUCAUCCCUGCCAGCAUCAGCUGACAACUCACCGUACGACGGAAAGUCGUACGCAUUUAAUACCGGGUGGCAAACUUCACCGUGAUGGCAGUAGUGAACGGUACGGCGGUUCUGGUGAAAUCCUUGGUCGCAACAUUGCUAACCGGGGAUAGAGAUAUCCUGCGGCGGAUUGCAAUCUCAGGGGUACGCCGGAACCACCACAAAGCACACGAUCUAGUGGAGGAACACGAUCGUCAGCAUGACGUAGAAGAGGUACGAAUACCCGUUCCGUACGGUGAGAUUGCCGGUAAAUGGUGGGGCCCUCGGAACGUUCGGCCCAUUGUGGCACUUCACGGUUGGCAGGACAAUGCGGGUACCUUCGAUCGCUUGAUACCGUUACUGCCGAAGCACAUGAGCUUUCUGUCACUGGAUUUACCGGGACAUGGCCUAUCGUCUCGCAUUCCCGAUGGUAUGAUGUACCACACGGUCGACAACACGUUCGCACUGUUUCACGUUAUGCGCGAGUACCGCUGGAAGAAGCUUUCCCUGCUGGGUCACUCGAUGGGUUCCAUCAUAAGCUUCCUGUUCGCGGCCACCUUUCCCGAUAAGGUAGAUUUUUACAUCGGCAUCGAUGCGCUCAAGCCGCACAUUGUCGAUGCGUCCAAAUUCCCCGGCCGAAUGGAGAAACGGCUUCCCCAGGCGCUGCUAGCCGAUAUACGGAACCGUGAAAAAUCCGAACCACCAUCCUAUCCGUACGAGGAACUUAUCGAACGGCUCCAUCUCGGCACGAACAAAUCCGUGUCCCGUGAGGCGGCCCCCUUUCUGCUGUAUCGUAAUACGCGCAAAUCCACACUGCACCCGGAUCGCUACUACUUCACGCGGGACAGCCGGCUAAAGCACGGCGUUGGGCUCGGGUGGGAUCAGGCCAUUAAUUUGGAGUUUGCGAAACGGGCCGUGAUGCCGUAUCUGUUCAUCAAGGCGAAACAUUCGACGUACUACGAGGACAGGAAGUACUUUAACGAGUUUGUUGAUCUGGUCAAGCAAAACAAUCCACAGUUCGAGCUGGAGUUUGUCGACAGUACGCACCAUCUGCAUCUGACCGAGCCGGAAAAGGUGGCGCCUAUCAUUGAUCGGUUUUUGCAGAAACACUGGAAGGCGGAAGGGAUGUAAUUGGAAUCCAUAGAAAAGGGAUAUAAAAUCUAUUUAUUAAUUUAUGCGUUUAAACUGAUGCACUCGGAAAGAAGUCUUUCUUCGGAGGUUUGCAACACAAAACCUACACUACCUCUUCUUAAUAACUUUAUAAAUGUUUGUUAAAUUAAUGAUGGAAAAUAAAACAAAUUUAAAUGAUGAAAGA